UUGGCAUCCUGCAACUGCGACCAUUCCUUAGUUCUGCUGCAAUGAGAAGCGACAUGGAGGACGCUUCGCCCUUGCUGGAGGAUCAUCUGGUCAAGCGCCUCCUAGAAGAAAGCCGGACAGGCAUCGUGCGCUGCAACAGUCGUGAGAUGUUUCGAACUUUUGAAGAUGAGGACAAUGUGGAGAUCGAGUUUGAUUUUUCAGUGCAGGAGAGCCCUGCCAUGAAUGGCAUGCUGACCUUGGUAUCAGUGACCACAUUCCUUGCUGGCUUCGUCGCCGCGGACUUCAGUGGAUUUGUUGGAGCUGACUGGGACGAUUCUCAUUGGAUCUUGAAGUUUCUGUAUGUUUGCAUGUUGGCCUAUGCCGAAGGUUCCUGCCUUUACAUUGCCAUUUGUGGCACCAUGGCCUGUGCCACGCACUUGCGCGCGGCCAACCAGAUCGCCUCGGGCAAGUGGCAGAACAUGUGCCUGGCGGCAGUGGAGCCCAUCCGUGCGAAGCUGGGUGAGUUGAAGGGCAGACGGAUGGAGACCAUCAAGGCUGCCCUAGGAGCUGUCAUACAAAGUGACGCCGACUUCCUGCGCAAUCUGCACACCGCCGGAGUCGACGCGGUCCACACGAAUCUGCAAGUGGACUUGCGGCGAAGGGAGUCUGGGGGAUAUCUGGUGGCGCCUAAGGAUCCAGUGAGCAGUAUGGGAACCACUUUUGGCUUCAAGUACCUGAAGGAUUUGAGCUUUCCAGCGUCCGUGCUUUGCUAUCUUGCAGCGCAAACCAUGAAGGCCUUGAAGGGGGAGCCAACUCAUAUCGUCGCCGCCGUUGGUCUAAUUGUUGGCUUUUGGGUAGUAAGAAUGAUGAUUGACCUUCGCAGCAUGUAUCAAAAGAUCUACGACUGAGCCCCUGGAGAGAAAAGCUUUCCGGAGUCUCGUGUGAAUUAAAGACUUGGUGAGCCAAAGAUUUGCACCACCACGUCCUUGCUCUGGGACAAGACUGUGCAGGCUAGGACACGAGAGCCACUUGAAUCUAGC